AUGAAGUUAGCGCGUCUAUGUGCGGUUGUGGCUUGUGCCACGUUAAUAUUUCCUCUUUUCGGUUGUUAUGAACGUAGAAACUUUCACGGUUACAAUAGCUUCGAUUUUUGGAUUUUGAAUCACACUUUCAUUAAUUGGUUGAAGAGAUGCAGACAUUUCAACAGAUAUGCAGAAACGAUAAAAACGCGGAUUGCGGGCGGUACGUUGGCGGGUACGAAUCUGUUUCCGUAUCAAGUAGGCUUGCUACUACUGCAAGCGCCAAAAGUUUAUCAGUGUGGCGGUGCGUUGAUUUCACAGAACUAUGUUUUGACUGCAGCACAUUGUCUGCUCAGAGCCACAAAGGUUCGAGCCUUUGUGGGUAGCAAUCUAUUUGCGGAUGCAGCUACAAGUACAAUGUAUGAAACCAACCGUAGUGCCUUUCAUAUAUACGAACAAUAUAGUUAUGGUGGCUAUGAUGAUAUUGGUUUAAUAUAUUUCAAAAAUCCUAUACAAUUGUCGGAGAAAGUACAGAUUAUACCGUUAGCAAAAAAAUUUAUGAUUCAAUCUGCCUUGGAAGGUGAAACAGUUACCACGUCUGGUUGGGGACGUACCAGUGAUAAUACAACAACUUUCGAUAUAGAACUUUAUUAUAUAGAUGUGCCAGUUAUACCGUAUCAACGUUGUGCUUGUUAUUAUCUGCCAGGUUUGGUAAGAGAAAGGAAUCAUAUUUGCACAGAUGGCAAAGGUGGUCGAGGUAGUUGUGAUGGUGAUUCUGGUGGGCCAUUGACAUAUCUCUAUAAUAAUGUUACUUAUUUGAUUGGUUUGACAUCAUUUGGUAGUGCGAGUGGCUGUGAAAUUCAAUAUCCUUCGGUAUUUACAAGAAUUACAACAUAUUUAAGUUGGAUUGAAAAGAAGACGGGUAUUAAAAGUGCUUAA